AUGUUGCGGCCGAAGAAUCAAAAUGUUAAGGGCCAUGGAGCGUCAAAGGGCAAAGAGAGAGAGCAGAGAGCAUCAAUCCGGUUCAAGACCACCCUCAUGAACACGCUCAUGGAUGUCCUUCGCCACCGGCCAGGAUGGGUGGAAGUGAAGGAUGAAGGGGAGUGGGAUUUCUACUGGUGCGACGUCAGCUGGCUCCGGGAGAACUUCGACCACACCUACAUGGACGAGCACGUGCGCAUCAGCCACUUCCGGAACCACUACGAGCUGACCCGCAAGAACUACAUGGUGAAGAACCUGAAGCGGUUCCGGAAGCAGCUGGAGCGCGAGGCGGGGAAGCCCGAGGCAGCCAAGUGCGACUUCUUCCCCAAGACCUUUGAGUUGCCCUGCGAGUACCACCUGUUCGUGGAGGAGUUUCGCAAAAACCCGGGAAUCACCUGGAUCAUGAAGCCCGUAGCCCGGUCGCAGGGGAAGGGCAUCUUCCUCUUCCGGAGGCUAAAGGACAUUAUGGACUGGAGGAAGGGCACCGUGGGGAAGAAGCUCGCCAGCCUGGAGCUGCAGCCUGCCCGGAGCACCAUCAACCUCUCCAGCAGCCAUGAGCCGAGAACUUCUGAAGAGCAGAAAGACGAGAUCCCUGUGGAGAACUACGUGGCUCAGCGUUACAUUGAAAACCCCUACCUGAUAGGAGGCCGCAAGUUUGACCUGCGCGUCUACGUGCUGGUGAUGUCGUACAUCCCCCUGCGGGCCUGGCUCUACCGGGACGGCUUCGCCCGAUUCUCCAACACCCGCUUCACGCUGAACAGCAUUGACGACCAGUACGUUCACCUCACCAACGUCGCCGUCCAGAAGACAUCUCCCGACUACCACCCGAAGAAGGGCUGCAAGUGGAUGCUGCAGCGCUUCCGGCAGUACCUGGCGUCCAAGCACGGGCCCGAGGCGGUGGAGGAGCUCUUCGGCGACAUGGACAACAUCUUCAUCAGGAGCCUGCAGAGCGUGCAGAAGGUGAUCAUCAGCGACAAGCACUGCUUUGAGCUGUACGGCUAUGACAUCCUCAUCGACCAGGACCUCAAGCCGUGGCUCCUGGAGGUGAACGCCUCACCGUCGCUGACGGCCAGCAGCCAGGAGGACUACGAGCUCAAGACCUGCCUCCUGGAGGACACCCUGCACGUGGUGGACAUGGAGGGGAGACUCACGGGAAGGGAGAAGCGAGUCGGGGGCUUUGACCUCAUGUGGAACGACGGCCCUGUCAGCAGAGAGGAGGGGGCUCCUGACCCGGUGGGGAACUUUGUGACCAACACGCACCUCGGCUGCGUCAACGAUCGGGAAGCACAGCUCAGGCAGCUGUUCCACUCCCUGCAAGUCCAGAAGAAAUCCUCGGGCUGAGGCCCACUACCACCGGAGGAAA